AUGCCGUCCAAUAACAGCAGUUUUCUAGAUAUUGACGAUGAUCUCGAGGGUGUGGAUGAUUUUGGCAACGAGCCCAAUCCAUUCGAUGAUUCCACUGUCCCCGAUAGUCAAAACAUGACCAAUUCUACCACAGCAAAAGCCAGCGAUUUUUAUAACACAAUGGGCAGUAAGGGUGAGUCUGCACCAUUACAAGGUCAAAUGGACCCGCCGGCGUAUGAUAAAGUGAUAGGAGAGGACGAUGUAAACGAUGGCAGUCGGCGUGACGAAUUGAGACCAGGGUUAAUAAACUACUAUUCCAGAUACUUCCAACUUGAUUUGACACAAUUCAAGAAAAGAUUAUCCGCAGUGCUGACAUUUAGGAAUGAUUACAAUUCCGAAGGUAGUGAUAGUAACAGUGAUUUAUACGGUGCUGUAUGGAUCACUGCCACGGUGGUGAUGAUUAAUUUCACCAUGAGCAAGGGGUUAAAAUUCAUUAUAAGCGACGUAAUUGAGGGUAUCAGGAGUGGUGAGGACAUUGACAGGGCUAGUCAAUUUAAGAAGUUGCUUCAUUCGAUCUGGCUAUUUUACGGAUAUACGUUCGGCGUGCCCUUCAUCACCAUGCAAGUAUUGAAUAGAGAUGAGCACUCAGAGCGCAAUAGAAGUUUCAAGAGCAUUCCUGAAUUGAUUUCCGUCUAUGGAUAUUCUAAUUUGAUCUGGAUACCCGUCUGCGUUAUUUUGAAUAUAUUGGAUAUGUCUAAGCAUCUAAGAACUAUCCAAGCCAUUCAAUGGGCAAUUGUGGCCCUGGGAUGGGCACAGUCGUCAUAUUUUUUGAAUUCUCAAAUGACGAAUAGUGGCAACGGGGCACAACCGGACGGGAAGUUUUCGUUGUCCAUUAUAGUCGUGAUUGCCUUGCACUCUUUAUUCUGUUUAUUAUUUAGGUUUAUAAUCUUUUGA